AUGCUCAACCCCAUGGGUCGCACAUACCAAGGCUACAUGCAAGCCAACCAGUCUGUCGUCGAGGAGGAAGACGAGGAGAACCAAGACCUUGAAGCGGGGAGCCCACGCCGUAGUACUUCACGCUCAGGCUCCCGCUCCACGACAAAGUCGCAUGGCAAACGCAAGGUUGCGUGGGGCGGAGACGCCUCAGAGAUGAAUGUCCUCCAUCCAAACAUACGUAGAGCGGACCCCAAAGAUGGUGAAGAGUCCUCAGAUGGCGAGGUCCCGGAAGAUUUCAUGAUCGAGGCGUCCAGUCAUGCGGCGGCGGCGGCGGCGGCAGCUCAGCAGCGCAGGACGACGUCUCCUCAACUCCAGAAGACCGCGAAGGGCAAGGAGCGGGAAGACCGUAAGCAACCACUCUAUGCGUCCCGCAAGGCUUCCGUCCAGAAACCUCUUCUCCCUACGACUACCGCCGACGCCCCCGUGUCGAUACCUCCAAGACCAUCCGAAAUCAACGUUGACCCGGAACCGCAGUCGGAACCUCUACACGAGUCUCCAACGAAGCAUAUACGCGGUUUGGAUGAGCAUGAACGUGCCCUGUGGAAUUGGGUGAACGUGUUUAACCUUGACGCGUUCCUCCAAGAGGCGUACUAUUACUACGAGGGGAAGGGGAUAUACAGUAUAGCACUAUCCCGAGGCUUGAAUCUCCUCACGAUUGGCUUCGUGAUUGGAUUCUCAACAUUCCUGCUUGGAUGCGUGGACUACUCUCGCAUACGACCAGAGAAGGUCACGCGAUUGCCAGACAUAGUCGUGAGCAGUUGUGUAUCUAGGUUCUCCGGGUUCACGCUUCUCUUCUUCAUGCUCUUCUCUACGUUUUUCAUCUGGCAGCUCGUCUCCUACACGCUGAGCAUGAUACGCCUCAUGGACAUGUAUCGCUUCUACACCCACCUCCUGCACAUCCCCGACGAGGACAUCCAGACCAUCUCCUGGCCUGAGGUCGUCCGCCGCAUCGGUGCCAUACGCGAAGAUAAUCCCCUCACGGCCAUUUCAUCCAACACGGCCGCCCACCAGUCCGUCACGGCGAAGCUCGACGCACAUGACAUCGCGAAUCGGAUCAUGCGCCAGGAGAACUUCCUCAUCGCGCUAUUCAAUAAGGAGCUGCUUGACCUCCGGGUGCCAGUGCCGCUGUUUCUGCAAGGCAUUCCGUUGUUCAGGCGGGCUGCGGACGAGCAGAAGGGGAAAAUGCUGACGCGGGCGCUGGAGUGGAAUCUGAGGUUUUGCCUAAUGGAGUAUCUGUUCGACGAGAGCGGGAGAGUGCGGAAGGUAUUCUUGAAGAGCAAGAACCGUGCAGCGUUGAUCGAGGGACUGCGGCGACGACUGAUAUUCAUGGGCUUCCUGAAUGCCAUCUUCGCACCAUUCAUCGUGCUGUACCUCCUCAUGUUCUUCUUCUUCCGCUACUUCGAGGAAUAUCACAACAACCCGUCCAAUAUCAGCGGCCGUGGGUACACUCCAUACGCUCAAUGGAAGUUCCGCGAAUUCAACGAACUACCGCAUCUCUUCAAACGUCGCUUGAACGAAUCGUACGAAACCGCCAGCAUGUACAUCGGCCAGUUUCCUAACGAGAAGCUCACGCUCAUUGCGAGGUUUGUCUCGUUCAUCGCAGGGUCCUUCGCUGCCGUCCUCGUGCUCGCGUCCAUCCUCGACCCUGACCUCUUCGUCCACUUCGAGAUCACCCCGCACCGCACGACAGUCUUCUACAUCGCCGUCUUCGGCUCCAUCCUUGCUGUCGCCCGCGGCAUGGUCCCGGAGGAGAACCGCGUGUUCGACCCCGAGCUGCUCAUGCAGGAAGUCGUCCAGUAUACGCAUUACAUGCCUGAUGAAUGGAAGGGCCAGCUGCACUCGAAGAAGGUGCACGAGGAGUUCGGGCAGCUCUUCGCGAUGAAGGUCAUGACGUUCGCGCAGGAGCUCAUGUCGGUAAUCUUGACGCCAUUCGUGUUGUGGUACUCGCUACCGCCGUGCGCGCCGGCGAUCGUGGACUUCUUUAGGGAGUUCACGGUGCAUGUGGACGGGCUGGGGUACGUCUGCUCGUUUGCAGUGUUUGACUUCCAAAGGCACGGGAACGUCAAGUUCGGCGCGAAGGCCAAGGUCGAGGAGCGCUUCAUGUCCAGGGAGGGCAAGAUGGAGAAGUCCUUCCUUAACUUCAAGGCCGCCCAUCCUGAUUGGACGCCCAACGACCCCCAUGGCUCCGACUACCUCUCCCGCAUGGCCGAUCUCGGCGCCGCGUACCCCAACGGCGUCACCCGUCGUCGCCUCCUCCAGCGCUCCAUCAUCGGGCCCGUCCCCGAGCAUGGCAUGGACUCAACAGUGCAUCUCCACGCCCCAGGGCCCCAGGAUAAGGCGAGGGAGUACGAUAGGGCGCUCCGUGCGAGCCAGAACGUGCGGAGGAGAGGCCCUGGAGCGAGCAUGAUGGGGAGCGUGCUGCACCCGGGGCAGCUGGGCGGAGUCGGCCAGAGUAUGCUCCAAUCGCACAUCGGAGGCACGGCAAUGGCGCAGACCGCCGUCCUCGGCGACUCGCAGGGGAGCGUGUUCCCCGGCACUGGGGCGGGAGGCAACGUCGCCGAUUCGGUCAUCCCAGAGGAGGAUCUCGCUGCGGACGGGGGCGUCGGGAGCACGCUGGGCGAGUCAUACGUCGAUGGACGGCGGCCGCGUGCGAGCAUCACACAGUCUCAGCAGGACGACGAUGAGGCGGAGUUGGAGGAUGGUGGUGUCCUGGGGCUGCUUGCGCAAAUUUAUGGAACGGGCGCGAACUUGAAGGGGCGUGGAAGGGGUCCACCACGUGCGAUUUGA